CGCUUCUUCAACUACAGCUCUGGUCGUUGGAGAAGGAAGAGAAGCUUUUCCUGUCUUACAUCAAUCAACGGUGUCAUCUUUGAUACAAACUUUUAACGACGGAGUUUAAAUAAUCACCGGGUUCUAGAAAAGUAUAUAUCAUAGAACAAACACUCUCACAUCUUUUUUCCUUCCCCUUUUUGUCGUUGAAUUGGCGUCGCGCAUUACCUGCUACUCACAUAAUAUUAUGAGAUAAAAAAGAAUGUCGGGAUUCGGUAAGCAAUCAGGACCCGUAGGACCGCCGCCGUCACUACCACCGCGUUUCGGAAGCUUCACGUCUUCUCCACCUCCUCCGCCUCAUGCUGCAGCUCAAUCACAGUCUUUUCCCUAUUCUGCCCCUGCCGGUCGAUCUCCUAGUAGGGGUCCUGUAACUACAGAAAGAGUGCGACCGUCGCCUCUAGUUUAUGAUUCGUUAAUUUAUGAAAGCUCUGAUGCUGCUGCUUCUAGUCCUUACCAGUCUACUAGAAUCCCUAGAUCUGAAGCUCUGCCGAGAGUGCACUUGCCUUCUUUGUCCUUUGAAAGAGUCCAUCCUGCUGCAACUACUCCUUAUGCAAAUGCUGAGUUCCACAGACCUGCAGUUUCAUCUCAUCAAUGGGUUAAUGGAAAAAAAUCUUCUUUUGAAGACGACGAUCAAACAAAUGAAAGGCCUUCUGCAGUCACUUCAUUUGUUGCUUCACGUAAUUCUGGAACUAGUAUUACAGCCAGGAUUUCCAGAUCUCCAGAUCUGAAAAGGACUAGAUCACCUACUUCACAUGCUUUGGACGAAGACAUGUCUAGAUAUUCCACUCGAACUCUCUUUCAAAGCCAUUCAGAUGACAAUGGCAAUCACUUAGCUCCAGCAAGAACGACAUCACCUAAUGUGCUUUUUCGAAAUGAUAACUUUAGUGAGCAACUUCAUCCUCGUCCUGAUAAAGGCCAACAGCCGGCUUUAGCACAAUCUGCAUGGGAUAAUCAGCGGAAGUUUCCAAGUAACAUAUCCAAUCCAUUGUCUCGUGAAGACCAAUCCUCACUCUUACCAAACAGAGGAUUUCAUAAUUCUGCAAGAAAUUUUCUGAAUGAGGUUUUGGCUGUUGAUGACCCAAAGCAAACUAGGCCAGUGCCUACACAGGCCGCACUACCAGCAAGUGAGAUUCUCCAGAAUGAAUCUAGGAGGCCUUCUACAUCUCCUCCUAGACUGGGUCCUAGGUCAAAUGCUCGUUCCAGUGCAUAUGAUUCACAAAAUUCCCAGAGAACCUUUCCCUCUGCCAAUGGCACUGUUGUUGAAGCUGGCCCAACCGGGACUACCAACUAUUACGGUACAAAAAGAACAAGGUCACCGAGCCGCACUCUUUUGCCUGCUGCCGAUAAAGUCCUACAGGGAAACUUAUCUUCUGCUCAAGAUGAUACCGAGCGGGAGAUUGAAGCCAAGGCAAAGCGGUUAGCUCGCUUUAAGCAGGAAUUGACUGAGAGUUCAGAAAAUAGACCAGAUAUUGCUGAACAAAAAGCUUCUGCAAGGAGACAAGAGCAGUCUAUAGUGGAAAGGCAAAAACUUUCUGGAAGUCACUCCAUGGAAUCAGCAGGAGACUUCACCAGCGGCAAUAUUCCAACUGAUAAUGAGGGAUUUGAAACUUCCACUGUUAUAAUUGGCAUGUGCCCGGAUAUGUGUCCAGUGUCAGAAAGGGAAGAACGAGAGAGGAAAGGGGAUCUUGACCAGUACGAACGCUUGGAUGGCGAUAGGAAUCAGACAAAUAGGUUUCUUGCUGUCAAGAAGUAUACCAGGACAGCAGAGAGGGAAGCAAAUCUUAUACGUCCUAUGCUAGUUCUGCAGAAUACUAUCGAUUAUCUGCUCAAUUUGCUGGAUCAGCCUUAUGAUGAUAGGUUUCUUGGCAUGUACAAUUUCUUGUGGGAUAGGAUGAGAGCAAUUCGAAUGGACCUUAGGAUGCAACACAUAUUUAACCAGGAAGCUAUCACCAUGUUGGAGCAAAUGAUAAGGCUUCACAUAAUUGCUAUGCAUGAGUUGUGUGAAUACACAAAAGGAGAGGGGUUUUCCGAGGGAUUUGAUGCUCACCUUAAUAUUGAGCAGAUGAACAAAACUUCAGUUGAUUUGUUUCAAAUGUAUGAUGACCACAGGAAGAAAGGAAUCAGUGUUCCAACUGAAAAAGAAUUUCGUGGUUAUUAUGCACUUCUGAAACUAGAUAAGCAUCCUGGAUAUAAAGUCGAACCUGCAGAACUCUCGCUGGAUCUUGCAAAGAUGACUCCAGAUAUGAGGCAAACCCAAGAAGUGCUUUUUGCCCGUGAUGUAGCAAGGGCUUGUAGAACAGGUAAUUUUAUUGCCUUCUUUCGACUUGCAAGAAAGGCAAGUUACCUCCAAGCAUGCUUAAUGCAUGCUCACUUUGCAAAGUUAAGAACUCUGGCGCUUGCCUCAUUGCACUAUGGUCUGCCAAAUAAUCAGGGUAUCCCUGUUCAGCAUGUCGCGAAGUGGCUAGCACUAGAGGAAGAAGACAUAGAAAGCCUACUAGAUUAUCAUGGGUUUUCAAUAAAGGAAUAUGAAGAGCCAUACAUGGUAAAGGAAGGCUCAUUUGCCAAUGCUGAGCAAGAUUACCGCACCAAACUUUCGAAGUUAGUUCAUAUGAAAAGAUCUAGAAAGAUAGCUGAUGAUGUUUCACGUAUUUCUGAAAUGACAUCCUUGCCUGCUCAAGCAUCUUUGCCUGCUCAAGCCUCUAAAGAAAAUCAGCAGCCGAAGACUUACAAGCUUCAUAAAAAGACUGUUCCUCCUACUUUUAUGGAUUGGAAAAUUCCUGCUCGUGAUAUUGAUCAAGGCAUGCCUAAUUUUGCAGAUGCUUCAUCCCCAAAAAUUGUCCCAAAAUUGCAGCCCAUAAUUGAGAAAUCACAACUUGGUCAACUGAGCCAAGAACACCAGCCAAUGGAGGGUACCGCCUAUAUGUCUCCAUGGGGCUUCUCCUUGGUUCACACCCCUCCUGUAUCUCAGCCAGCUAAACUUAAAAACAUAGAGAAACCACACGAUGAUGUUUUUAGAGUCUUUGCUGAGAAGAAGACACCGUCUGGCAUGAAAGAUAUGCCGCCACCAAUUGUGUCAAGAAAUGCAGCUUUGCUAGAAAAGUUCCCCAGUGCUAAAUAUAGUUUGACUGUAGAGAGUACAGUUCCUCAAACGCUGGUUUCUAUUAACUCAAAAGACGAAGAACCUCCUAAAACUAAUCAAGAACAGGAAAUUGACGAAGUUAUGGAAAAUUUUGAAGAUGAAGAAGUUGCUCAGGCAAAGCUGAAGUUGAUUAUAAGGCUAUGGAAACGGCGUGCUUCAAAACAAAGAGAGCUGCGUGAGCGAAGGCAGAUAGCAGCAAAUGCAGCUCUAAGUUCUCUGUCAUUGGGACCACCAAUUCGACGAGCCAAAGAUCAACGGAGCACUGCAAAUGAGUUCGAUAUUGAGCAUGUCAUGAGGGAGAGAUACGAAAAACAUGAACAAUCAUGGUCGAGGCUUAAUGUCUCAGAUGUCGCUGCAGAAAUACUUGGCAAAAGAAGUCCCGGUGUUAGAUGCUUGUGUUGGAAAAUUGUUUUGUGCUCUCAGAUGAACUACCAAGGAGAAAAACUAGGGCCGAAAAACCAAGUUACGCACGUGUCAAUGGGCCCAUGGUUGCUUUCUAAGCUCAUGCCUUCUGGAAGUGAUGGCAAGGAGGAUCUUUUAAUUUCGUCUUCUGGUUUGUCGAUAUGGAAAAAAUGGGUUCCCAGCCAAUCAGAUAACGACUUGACUUGCUGCUUAUCAGUUGUUAGGGAUGUUAGCUUUGAUGGUCGGAAUGAGACUAUAGAUGGUGCUGGUGCAGUUUUGUUCCUUGUAUCUGAAAGCAUCCCGUGGAAUAUUCAAAAAGCGCAUUUUCAGAAAGUGCUGAUAUCCAUACCCUCUGGUUCCUCCUUGCCCCUUCUGGUCUUAUGUGGAUCAUUUGAGAAGGAGGUUUCUGAUCCUUAUAAUACCAUAGUUGGUCAAUUGGGUCUCCCUGACAUUGAUAAAUCACGGAUUAGUAAUUUUUCGGUUAUAUUCCUUAUUGAAGGCCAAGAAAGGCAAAGCUGUGAUGGGUUUUUCAGCGAUUUGCGACUACGUGAUGGACUACAAUGGCUGGCAAGUGAAUCACCCCUACAACCUGAUAUUCACUGCAUUAAUACACGCGACUUGAUCCUAACAUACUUAAAUUCAUCGCUGGAUGUUCUCGAAAAGAUGAGUGAUCAAGAAGUAGGUCCGAACCACUGCCUCGCAAUCUUCAAUGAAGCCUUAGAUUGGUCUGUAGGAGAAAUUUCUGCUGCUGUCCGAUCAAACCCCACUAAUUGGCCAUGUCCUGAGAUAACUUUGCUGCCAGAAUCCUGUGAUGAGUAUUCAGUAGUGAAGUGGUAUUUGCCAAGUUUAGGGUGGAGCUCAGCAGCUAGAAUUGAACCACUCUUAUCUGCAGUCAAGGAGUCUAAACUUCCUCCUUUCUCCGAUGAUAUAUCCUGGUUAAAUACAGGGGCUUCAGGUGAUGAUAUCGAGGACCUUAGGUCAAAACUCGAGAACUGCUUGAUCAAAUACCUGACUGAAUCAAGCGGAUUGAUGACACUGAACAUGGCGAUAAAAGAUGCAUAUGUAAUGCUUCAGAAAAGUACGCGACUUGAACUCAAUGAAACGAGCUACUAUCUUGUUCCGAAGUGGAUCUCAGUUUUUAGACGGAUCUUUAAUUGGCAGUUAACAAGAUUAUCCAAAGGACCUUUCUCUUCCGCCUAUGUUUUAAGGCAUCACCAUGCAGAUCCAACUGAACUUAUUCCUUAUGAGUUUGAGCUUGAAGCAAAAGUAUCUUCGCCGUACUUAACACAGCCUUCCUUAGAUGAAAUGAUUGUUGGCUGCACCACCCCUCUUGGACCAGUAAUUAGUCGGCCGCGGAUGAAAGCUUUUCAACCGUCACCGAUGAUACUCCUGAAUGGUGAUAUUCGAUUGGAUAUUAACUCGAGUGACUUGAUGGAGGAUGCAACAAAUUCUGUACAGAUUAUAACAGAGGGUCGAACUGAGGGAUCAGACGCUAGCAAGACUGGAACUGGCAAAACCAGUAAAGAAACUGACAAAUUAAGCAAGUUGUUGGAACAGUGCAACAUACUACAAAAUUCAAUAGAUGAGAAACUUUUCAUUUAUUUUUGAUACCAAUUUUGUUGUGUAUAUAUCCUCAGGUUGAGUGAGGACUGGCUAAGUAUGCCAUUGUUGUAUUAUACUCUUAUUCAAGGAAAUAGUAAGAGUUCAAUCUUCUUCCA